AUGGCCAGAAAUCCAAAUCCUACUGCUAUGUGCGUUCUGGCCAGCAUAUUCGUUAUUCAUUCUUUUCGUUUUUUUGUCACUAAAUCAUUUCUCUUUUCUUUUUUUCUCUUAAUUCCUUCAUUAUGGCUGUCUCUCUUUCUUUGUUUCUUUGUUCCUUUCUUUCAUUCUUUAUUUAUUAUUUCUUUCUUUUUUUAUCAGAGCUUUUCUUUCUUUCUUUAUAAUGGCUUUUCUUUCUUUCUUUCUUUCUUUUUUUCUUUUCCCUUAAUUCUAUUUCUCACAUUAUCAUGUCUUCUUUCUUUCUUUUCCCUUAAUUCCUUCAUCAUGGCUUUCUUUAUUUCUUUCUUUCUUUCUUUCUUUCUUUAUAAUGACAUUUAUUUCCUUCUUUUCCCUUACUUUCAUCACCAUGGCUUUCCAUCUUUAUUUCUUUCUUUAUCAUGGUUUUCAUUCUUUCUUAGUAUUUCUCGCUUCAUAAUGUCUUUUCUUUCUUUCUUUCUUUCUUUCUUUCUUUCUUUCUUUCUUUCUUUCUUUCUUUAUAAGGGCUUUCUUUCUUUCUUAAUAUUUCUAAAUUUAUCAUGUCUUUUCUUUCUUUCUUUCUUUCUUUCUUUCUUUUCCUUUCUUUCUUUCUUUCUUUCUAAUGGAUUCCCUUUCUUUCUUUUCCUUAAUUCCUUCAUCAUGGCUUUUUUUUUCUUUCUUUUGCUUUCUUUCUUUUCUUUAAUGACUUUCUUUCUUUCUCUUUUUUAUCAUGUCUUUUCUAUCUAUCUAUCUAUCUAUCUAUCUAUCUAUCUAUCUAUCUAUCUAUCUAUCUUUCGAAUUGAUUCCCUUUCUUUCUUUUCCUUUAAUUCGUUCAUCAUGGCUUUCCUUCUUUCUUUCUUUAUCAUGGCGUUCUUUCUUUCUUAUAUUUCUCGCUUCAUAAUGUCUUUUCUUUCUUUCUUUCUUUCUUUCUUUCUUUCUUUCUUUCUUUCUUUAUAA